AUGGAUGGGAUAACCGGACUCCUGGGAAGGCUGUGGUGGAUCUACGCAAUGGAGAGGCUCGACCAAGCAAGUUUGGCUCGACAGCGCACUGGAUUUGAAGCUCCACCGUACAAGAAUGGGAAGUCCUUCUAAGGACCCGGAGCCCGAGGGCAGUCGGACCAUGAAAGCUUCAGUCACUGCAGUCCCACCCUCUGGCCUACUUCUUGUCCUGUUGUGCUGCCCUCUGCUGGGCUCGGUGCAAUCCGCCGCUAACAACAAGGCGGGCGACCAUGGACGCUUCACAUACGUGAGCAAUUCGGACCUGCAGCGCUGCAUGAGGCAUCACUUUGUGGAGACAAUCAGCCACCCCGUUUAUAAGUGCAACUCCAAGAUGGUGUUGCUGGCACGUUGCGAAGGCCACUGCGGCCAGACCACGCGCUCCGACCCGUUGAUCUCCUUCAGCUCGGUGCUUAAGCAACCCUUCAAGAGUACGUGCUCCUGCUGCCGCCCGCACACUUCCAAACUCAAGGCUGUGCGCCUGCGCUGCGCUGGCGGCACACGGAUCACGGCCACCUACCGGUACAUCCUGGCCUGCAACUGCGUGGAGUGCAGCUAAAAAGAUCGGGUGGUUGGUUUUCACUCUGACUCCAGGACCCUGGAAAGACUCUCAAGAGAAAACUGGCUCUGAAAUACUAUAGCACCUGACUUUAAAACAAGAGCAGACCAUAUUUUUGACACAAUUCUGUGAAAGUAAAUCCCGAUUAUGCUGCCUUCACAUGCACUGGGACUCUGAUAGCGAUGAGCCUUACCACUUGCUAAUUCAUCAUUACUGGUACAUCCUGUUCAUGUGCUUUUGUUAUCUAGCAAAAAAAAAAGCUUGGCGGACACGGACUUCAUUUUGGUUUGUUGCAUGGGCAAAACUUUGAUACAUCUACUAAAACCAAGGCCGGCCCAGCCUAUACGCAGACUAUGCAGCUGCCUAGGGCCCCUGACCACUAGGGGGCCCCCAAUCUGGCAACCUCAUUUUAUACGCUGUUAAUAGAGCUUCGUGAAUAAUGUGGCGCGCAUUGCCGUUUAUCUAUGCCAACAUCCAUUUUCUUGUCAUUACAAUCUAGCAACCUGGGGAGUGACGUUGAACCUGCUUUGCGAUGAUUGGUGCUCAAACUUGCUUGGAAAAUAGAUGCACGAAUAUGUCAAAGAGAAUUUAUCAUUGAAUUUGUGAGUUUUGAUACUUGACUACAAGCUUAAAAAAUAAAAAAAAUCUUCCAUAACUUCUUUCUUUUCCUCUUUUAGAAAAAGGUUUGGCGCCAUCUACUGUAAGUACUGACAAUCAUUCGGGGUGAUAAGUUUGCAGUAUGCAGUGCAACAAGAUCUGGUUAAUAUACAAAAUAUGGACGUACGGGUUGGAUUGCAUGUAUGGGUUUCACAGUACACUGUGACGAAAUCGUGGGCCAAAAAUAUGGGCCCCUUAGCAUUAUUUUGCUUAGGGCCCCCAAAUGGCCUGGGCCGGCCCUAACUACAACAACAAGAGAAUACAUUGAAAUGCA